AUGCUGUUUGCAGAUUUCUGCUUUCACGUCAUCGGUGAAUUUCUCCCACCCAUGCCGCCGAUCACCGAGUUGAACACGUUGAUCUGUAUGGGCGGUGGGGAGCUGAUUGCGUUUAUGGACGAGAUUCCCGAGGAGAUGCACAAGCGCGAGAACCGUACUCGGAAGCUCAUUAUCGUGUCCGAUAAGAUUAAUCCGAUCGCGCUGCGCCAACUAACAAGGCAACUGAAAGCGCAGCCGCAAGUCAACGCGGUAUCCUCGGCGAUCAUUGUGAAUUACCUGUGGGUGAUCAACAGUAUCAGCGAAGCGAAGCUGCGCGAGCUUCCCUGA